AUGGAGCUAUGUGAAAUCAUUAUUAAGUGGUGUAAAGAGUUACGUUUCGAAUUUUUACAAUAUCGAAUAGAAUUCAAACUGAUCCAGGUAAUGAUUAAUUUUAAACAAUUUGACAAAGCUUAUUCAAGUAUUUCUACUUUGAUUAGUUACGUGCAAAAAUCUGAGGAUAAGUUACUAUUAUUGGAUUUAUAUUUAACUCAAUGCAGCUUAGGAAUCGGUAUUAAUAACGUGAGCCAGGCCGUUUCAUUUUUGACCAAUGCAAAAACCGUGGCUAGUAGCAUCAAUACCCCCCUUGAACUUCAGUUUAAAAUAGAAUUACUGUCAGGUAUUUUGCAAGCAGAUGUUUCCGACUACCGAACCGCAGUUCCUUAUUUGCAAGAAGCAUUUGAUAUUGCUGAGAGCUUGAACAACAUAGAAAAUGGAACUCAAGCUUUGAUGUAUAUGCUACUUUGUUUUAUGCUUUCUGACGAUGUAGAUAAUUUGGCACGAAUAAUGAAGAGCAACUUUUGUUUGAAGUUAGUUGACGAUAGCCGUAUUAAAGGAAUGCUCAAUCUUAUCAAUGCUUACAUGUCAAAAGAUAUUAACAAGUACCGUGAAGUUAUUCAAGAUCCUAACUUUUCAUUAAAAGACGAGCAAACAAUUGUUUACCACUUGGAAAAAAAUUAUGAAUCAGUCGUGGACAAUUCAAUCAUGGACAUUGUGUAUGCUUACAGUCACUUGCAGUUGAAUUUCAUUGCUCAAAAAAUUAGUUUACCGGUCUCUGUUGUUUCGACUCAAUUAGAAAAAAUGAUUAUUGAUGGAAAAAUAAAUGGCAUUCUUGAUGAAAGUCUCGGUGUUUUAAUUCAGUACAAAGCUACCGUAGAGUCAGAAGAAAUAUAUAAAUCAAACCAAAUUUGUGAAAACUUAUCUCAAGUUGCUAAUAAAUUGCUUAAAUACUGUGAUUUACUUAAAUAG